AUGGAGGUUCGGAAUUCGGAAUUACGAUCUGACCACUCGGAACGAGCGUGCUCAUUCCGAACCUUCCGACAAGGUCCAUUCCGAUCAGGCCUGCCGCCGAUGGAUUUCUCAGGUAGAAUACAUUUGUAUCGUGUGGACAUUCCGCUUUCCGCCAAAAAAAUUCGCGGAUAUUCCGCAAAAGUUCCUGGACCAGCCAAAUAUUUUAUUUCAACAAAAACUCUGCUUGAGCCAUACUUUCUCUGA